CGUUUUGCUCUUCUCUGAUCUACUUUCUCAAUCAUUGAAAAGGAUGAGCAAGCUUGAGCAAAUUCCUUUCGCUGUAGCUAUAAACCUAGUCAAAAGGUUGGCUUCGCCAGCCUUCUGUGAAAUUGGACAGAUUUAUGGUGUCACGGGUCAGUUGGAAAGGCUGAAGCAGACAAUUGAAUCCAUCAAUUCUGUGCUACUUGAUGCCGAUGGAAAACAAGAAGAGAAUGAGGCUGUAAAAGAAUGGAUCAGACAUUUCAAAGGGGCGAUUGUUGCUGCUGAUGAUUUGUUGGAUGGUAUUGCUACUGAACAUUUGCGUCUCAAAGUGGAUGAUCCUAACAAAAUAGUGACAAAGGUAUGUCGCUUUUUUUCAUCCUCAAAUCCAAUUAUUCUUCGUUGUCGAGUGGCUCGUGAAGUAAACGAGAUGCUGGGGUCAAUCGAUGUCGUAGUUCACAGUCCGCGUAAUUUGAUGCUAAAUCCAAGACCUUUUGAGAGUGAAACGCGGCAGACAAGUUCUUUUGUGAUAGAACGCCAAAUCGUUGGAAGAGAGAGUACUGUAGUAGCAAUUUUGCAUAGCCUGUCUACUGUGCAUCCAGACCAAAAUGUUUCGUUGAUUGCUGUUGUUGGUAUGGGUGGUCUAGGUAAGACAACUGUUGCUCUAUGUGUAUACAACAGUGAAAAAGUCAAAAGUUUGUUUGAAUUAUCAAUAUGGGUGCACGUUUCUGAUGAUUUUAAUUUCAAAACUACUGUUAAGAAAAUGUUAGAAUCGAUAACUGGUAGCUCAAGUGAUGAUGAGGAAUCACUUGAAGACUUGUGUAACAGGCUUCGUGAAAAUUUGAAUGGGAAAAGAUAUUUUUUAGUGUUGGAUGAUGUUUGGAACGAGAAUCAUGGUAAAUGGAUUCAAUUGAGAUCUCUUUUGAUGUGUGGUGCUCCAGGCAGUAAGAUUUUGGUAACAACUCGAAGCAGGAUGGUUGCCACUGUAAUGGAAGUGGAAACUGUAUUUGAUUUAGAUUUGUUGACUUACGAACACUCCUGGGCUUUGUUUACGAAUUUAGCAUUUGAAAAUAGUGCUGAAGGAAUGAGCCCUGAAUUGGAAUCAAUUCGUAGAAGCAUUCUAGCCAUCUGUCAUGGAGUUCCCCUACUAAUUCGAUUAGCGGCAGGCAUGUUUAGGUCUUUACAUCAGACUGAAUGGAAGGAAUUUGAAAAUGAUUUGAGAAAGCAGAAUCUACUUGGUGAUGUUGGUGAUGGCAUCAUGUCUGUUAUGAAAUUGAGUUAUCAAAAGUUGUCACCUCAGUUGAAACAAUGUUUUGCUUAUUGCUCCAUAUACCCUAAAGAUUGGGAAAUAGAAAAGAAUGAGUUGAUUCAAUUAUGGAUGGCACAGGGCUACCUUGAAUUUGAAAUAGAGGACAUGGAAGAAGUGGGCAAUCAAUUGGUUUAUACUCUUUUAAUGAAGUCGUUUUUCGAAGCUGCAAAAUUUGAUAAAUAUGGUAAUGUUUUAAGUUUCAAAAUGCACGACUUAAUUCAUGAUCUUGCACAGUAUGUAGCAGGUGAUGUUUGUUGCUUGCUGAGUGAAAUAGCAUACCCUAAUUAUCAUCCCAUGCACGUCUCAUUGGAAUCAAAUGUGAUUCAUUUGGUGGGUUCAUUAGAUGCAAGUUGGCUGCGGACAUUUUUUCUGCUCCAAACAAAUGAAUUGGUGGCAGUUGAAUUGGCAGACUGUCUGUCUUUUAUUUUUAGACGUAGCUGCUUGCAUGCCUUGAAUCUAUCCAAUACUUAUUUAAAGGAGUUGCCUGGUCCAAUCAACAAGUUGAAACAUUUAAGAUAUCUUGACUUGUCCUUCUGUAGAAAUCUAGUGAGUCUUCCCAAUUCCAUUGGCAGUCUUGUUAACUUGCAAACAUUAAAACUGAUUGGUUGUGAGCGACUUGAAUUUUCUACAAAAGUUAUCACAAAGUUAAUCAAUUUGAGAUACCUAGAUAUUCGCUUUUGUAAAGCAUUUGAAGACAUGGUGCCAGCUGGAUUAGGGAAAUUGUCAUCAUUGCAAUUCUUAUCAACCUUUGUUGUGGGGGAUGAUCAAAAGAAUGAAGUUGGUAAGUUGAAUGAAUUGAAAAACUUAAAUGGCCUAAGAGGCAAUUUAGAGAUUCGUGGACUUGGCAAGGUGAGAGACGUGACCUUAGAAUCACAGGAAUUGAAUUUGAAAGACAAGAAACUUCUUGAAUCCUUGGAUUUGAAUUGGGGGCAUUGGAACUAUAAUAGUAGCAGUGAACAACUAUUAAAAAACCUUUGUCCCCCUCAACAUCUAAAAGAAUUGAAUGUGUGGUGGUAUCCAGGUGUAACGUUCUCUGAUUGGCUUUCUUCAAUCACUCAUGUUUCUCAUAUCACUCUCUUUGGCUUUGAUAAAUGCCAGUAUCUCCCACCGUUAGAGCUUCUCCCAUCCCUCAAGUCUCUUGAGAUAAGUUACAUGAAAGAUUUGACGUGCAUACAUUGUAAAAUGGUUUCUCUGACUGCAUUACAGUUCUUCCCAUCUUUGGAGAGGCUCAAGUUUAAUAAUUGUGAGAAUCUCUCGGGAUGGGAGGUGAUAGAUGAUGGCCAUACUUUCCAUCCACAUCAUCUCUCACUGCCUUCGUUUCCUCGUCUCUCUGAAUUAAUAAUCAAUGAAUGUCAAAAGUUGACUUUCAUGCCUACUUUUCCGCACCUUCUUGAGGAGUUGCAGUUGCAUUCAUCCACAGUGGAACCUUUGAGGGAAACACUUGGCACAGCAUCCUCCUCCUUCACUCCCCUUUCCAAUCUCAAGUCCCUAAAGAUAGAAGGAAAAAUUCUGGGUAUAAAAGAUUUGCCAAACCAAUGGAUGCAAAGCCUUACUUCUCUUGAAUAUCUUGAAAUUGGGGAUGUUGAAAAACUUGAUGAUUGGUUCGUGGCAUGUCCCCGUUCACUGCUAAAAAUCAUGGUAUAUGAUUGUGAAAUACAAGCUUUGCCAAAUGAGAUUUGUAAGUUGCAAUCACUUCAACAUAUGAAGAUACUGGGAUGUCGUAAUUUGAAGUUGUUGCCGAAAGAAAUGCAUCUCCUUACCAGCUUAUUCACACUAGAAAUUUGGGAUUGUCCUCUCUUACAUGAAAAAUGCCAGAAAGCAACAGGUGCAGAUUGGCACAAAAUUGCUCAUAUCCCAAACCUAAUAUUGAAGCAAUAUGAGAUGGGUGAAAGAUACUGAAGAUUGUUGGAUUACCAGAAUGUUAUGCACCGCAUAUUAAGUGAAUGCAGCUUGAGGAUCCAAGACUAAUGAGUUCAAAAUUUCAAUAACUUUCUAUCUUUCAUCUUGAAGAUCGAAUGAAAAGACUUCAAAAUUUGGAGGCAGUGGAUCCAUGAUAAGGAUCUGGUUUCGUACAGAUGAAAAAGAAUCAUUGAGACCCAUGAGAAAUGUUAGAACAUGUACUUGUUGAGAACACUAGUAAUGCUCAAGCACCACCAUAAGUGCAUGGACAGAGUGGACAAAAAUCAAUGAAUUCCUCCCAAAUAUCUUCUUUUAGCUGUGUGAAAUAUUGGGUGACUGUCAUGGAACCUUGGACAAAACCAAGUCUUUCUUGAGUUGGUAUGUGUGAGGGCCAUUAUGUUGUUUGAAUCGAUCUUGAAGAUCUUUCCAGAAUAUAGCAAUUGAAUAACAAUAGAUGGUGCUGGCCAUGAGUUCUUUUGAAAUAGAAUUGAGGAUCCAAAAGUUGACUGUGUUGUUGGUUCUUUGCCAAGAAGCAAGCGAGGGUUAAAAUAAUCAGGCUUAGGCAUUGUGCCAUCAAGAAAUUAGAUUUUGAUUUUGGCAUGUAAAGCAAUUUUCGUAGAUAUAAUCCAUGAAUUAUAAUUUUCACUUGUGGGGGGUUGAGUAACCAGCAUUAAAUUAUCAGAUAUUGAAAGUACGAUGAUUUAUCUGAGUGAAAAAGCAGUCAUCAAUGCAAUGGCAAAAAAGAUCGACGCAAGAAUGACGGUGAUGUUGAACACAUGACGUACUGUACUAAAUGUAUACGCUGAAGGAAUGUGUGAUUAAAUUUAAAGUCGCAUAUUGGCUUUAUAGCCUUACAAAUAAAGUAAUAACUGCAUCCACGAUUUACAUGUUCAAUAACGUGGGCGAUU